AUGGUUAUUUGUGGUGAGAAUUACCAUAGGAUUGGAUCCUUACUUCCAGUUGAUGGAAAUAGGCCCAAGUUUGCUCAGCUAUAUAUAUUUGAACCUGAAAAUGAGGUUAACAAUAGACUUGCAAACUUUGCAUCUCGAGAGGAAGUCUUGCUGCCUGAGUUACUUGCAAGUUUGCUUCGAAUGCUUGAUGAAAACAACGAGUUGGUCAGAACAUUUAGGCGCAUUCGACAAGAUCUCCAGCUUUCUUCCACACCAAAUCUCCGACUCAGAAUCUUUGGGAUCAAAAGUAGGAAUCGACAAUAUGACUUGCCAACUAGCUCUGAUAUUGCAGCCUUAAUACCUGGUGAUUUUGUUGCAGAUAGGGAGGAUAGAGAUAUCAUUGUUGACCAUCGAGGAGAAGGGCUGAAACGUAUAACAAGCCUCAACCCAAAAUUCGAGGCUCUUCACUUCCCAUUGCUAUUCCCGUACGGAGAAGAUGGGUUUCAUCCUCAAAUAUCUUAUAAUGCCUCCUUUUGCCCAGCAUCAAUGCGCAGAAAAUUUGUUACUUAA